AUGGCUGACCAGGACCCUGGGGGCAUUAGUCCCCUCCAACAAAUGGUGGCUUCGGGGGCUGGAGCAGUGGUCACCUCCCUUUUCAUGACACCCCUGGAUGUGGUGAAAGUACGCUUGCAGUCCCAGCGCCCCUCAGUGGCCAGUGAACUGACACCUCCUUCUAGACUCUGGAGCAUCUCCUACACCAAAUUGCCCGCCUCUCUCCAACCUACAGGGAAGUGCCUCCUGUACUGCAAUGGUGUCCUGGAGCCCCUGUACUUGUGCCCAAAUGGUGCCCGCUGUGCCAGCUGGUUUCAGGAGCCCACCCGCUUCACUGGCACUGUGGAUGCUUUUGUGAAGAUUGUGAAGCACGAGGGCAUCAGGACCCUGUGGAGUGGCCUCCCAGCCACCCUGGUAAUGACUGUGCCAGCCACUGCCAUCUACUUCACUGCCUAUGACCAACUUAAGACCUUCCUGUGUGGCCGAGCCUUGACCUCUGACCUCUACACACCCAUGGUGGCUGGUGCUCUGGCCCGCCUGGGCACUGUGACUGUGAUCAGCCCCUUGGAGCUGGUGCGCACGAAGCUGCAGGCUCAGCAUGUGUCCUACCGUGAGCUGGGAGCCUCUGUCCAGGCUGCAGUGGCUCAGGGUGGCUGGCGUUCCCUGUGGCUGGGCUGGGGACCCACUGCCCUGCGGGAUGUGCCCUUCUCAGCCCUGUAUUGGUUCAACUACGAGCUGGUGAAGAACUGGUUGAGUGGGCCCAGGCCAAAGGACCAGACGGCCGUGGGCAUCAGCUUUGUGGCUGGUGGCAUCUCAGGGACGGUGGCGGCCAUCCUGACUCUGCCCUUUGACGUAGUGAAGACUCAGCGCCAGGUCACUCUGGGAGCGAUGGAGGCUGUGAGAGUGAAGCCCCCACGUGUCGACUCCACCUGGCUGCUGCUGCGGAGGAUCCAGGCCGAGUCGGGCACCAGAGGCCUCUUUGCAGGCUUUCUCCCAAGGAUCAUCAAGGCAGCCCCCUCUUGUGCCAUCAUGAUCAGCACUUACGAGUUCGGCAAAAGCUUCUUCCAGGAGCUUAACCAAGAGCGACGCCGGGGCCCUUGAAAGGGCCGGGAUUUGAGGAUCCCCAUCUCUUCAACGGAGGAGGGGGCGGGGGCACAGAGGAGACUGAGCCAAGUGCCUUUUCCUCAGCACUGAGGGGCGGGCCAUGCUUCCCUUCCC